AUGGGUUUACCGCCACUGGAGUUGGCCCCUCAAGUUCAGCGAAUGAUGGAGGAGCGGCGCAAUGCGACAGGUAUACACUCCAACAAAUCUCAUGAGCGCCGGUUAGAGAUUCAUGUUGUGGGGUGUAGCAGGGAGCAAGCUGCCGGCCCAGUCAUCAGUUUUGGACCGCAGGACCUGGAAGGAUUGGAGCUGCCCCAUGAUGGCGCUCUCAUCAUCAAGGUCAUCAUAGCCAACAGUUGUGUGGCUAGAGUCUUUGUGGAUACGGGCAGCUCGGUAAAUGUUUUAUUCCGGUCAACUUUCGAAGAAAUGCAGAUCGACGCCAGUGAGCUCCAGCCAGUGGCUACCUCCCUAUAUGGUUUCACUAGCAAUGAAGUAAGAUCCAUGGGUCAGAUCAAAUUAGUUAUAUCCUUGGGAAGCGAACCAUUGGUCAGAGCCAGGAGGGGCACUUUCCUUGUAGUGGACUCGCCCUCCUCUUACAAUGUCAUUUUAGGCCGACCGGCCUUGCACGAAUUCCGGAUGGUCAUUUCUACAUUUCAUCAGAAGAUCAAGUUCCCGGUCGGUGAUCAAGUUGGAGAAGUUAGGGGCGAACAGCGAGUCUCUCGGAGGUGCUACAUUGACAUGGUCAAGGUAGAAGCUCGCAAAGCCCAGAGAACUCACGAUGGGGCUGUGCAUACUAUCCAAGAAGAGCAUAUCCCCUGGGAAGAAGUCCAGCUCUACCCUGAACGCCCAGAGAGCCUCACUCGCGUGGCAAGCGACUUACCUCCAGAGCUCAAAGAGGAACUGGUGCAGUGUCUGACCCAUAAUAGGGAUGUCUUCGCCUGGUCCACCGAAGAAUUACCUGGGGUCAGGCCGGAGGUAGCUGAGCACAAUUUGCAUCUUCUACCAGACGCCCGACCUGUGAAGCAGAAGAAGAGGAAUUUCUUGGCCGACCAAAAUAAAGUUAUCAGAGCUGAAGUAAAUCAGAUCAGGAAAGCAGGGCAUGUUCACGAAGUGCAAUUCCCAUCUUGGCUUUCCAAUGUUGUCUUGGUAGCAAAACCCAAUAACAAAUGGAAGGUCUGCAUAGACUUCAGAGAUCUCAAUAAAGUCAGCCCUAAAGAUUACUACCCCUUGCUUAGGAUUGAUCAGCUGGUGGAUUCAACGGCAAGUUGUGAAAGAAUCUGUAUGUUGGAUGCUUAUCAGGGGAAUGCUGGAGCUACAUAUCAGAGAAUGAUGGACAAGAUCUUCCGGAAGCAGGCCGGGCGCAACGUGGAGUGCCUCUUUGGAGCUAAGGGAGGGAAGUUCUUGGGCUAUCUUGUCACUGAGCGGGGAAUUGAAGUCAAUCCAGAAAAAGUCCGAGUACUCCGGGAUAUGAAGGCUCCCCAGAACUUGAAGGAGGCUCAGAAGCUGGUUGGCAGGAUAAUAGCCUUGUCUCAGUUUAUUUCCAGAGCGACAGACAAAGCGGCGCCCUUCUUCAAAGUCCUCCGAAAAGCUUCUAAGUUCCAGUGGGAUGAGGAAUGCACAUGGGCCUUUGAAGAAUUAAAAACCUAUCUGGAGACACUGCCUUCCCUGUUUAAACCCGUCGCAGGGGAACCGCUCUGGAUCUACCUAUCAUCUACCCCCGAGGUCAUGGGGGCAAUACUGGUGAAAGAGCAAGAUAAUGUACAAAGACCGGUGUAUUUUUUUAGUCAUUUACUAAAAGGGGAUGAGUCUCGAUACACAGCUCUGGAAAAAUUGGUUUAUGGAUUGGUACUUAUGGCUCGACGUCUGCGGCCUUACUUUUUGGCGCAUCCUAUUACGGUCCUGGCCAACAGUACGAUGGGCAAAGCUCUAACCAACGUUGAAGUUGCAGGCCGACUCAUCAAAUGGGCGACCGAAUUGGGAGAAUAUAAUAUCGUGUAUCAACCUCGAACCGUUAUUAAGGCACAGGCCUUGGCUGAUUUCCUGACUGAGAUUCAUCAGCCUGACUCAGAGGAGACUUGGAAAGUAUAUGUAGAUGGAUCAGCUACACGUCAGGGGAGCGGUGUGGGAGUUCUUCUGAUAUCUCCUCAGGAAGAUGUUUUGCAGCUGGCCGUGCGGCUAAACUUCAGAGCCACUAAUAAUGAAGCAGAAUAUGAAGCUUUAUUGGCAGGUUUGCAAGCAGCUCGGCAUGUAGGAGCUGCCCGAGUUAUCAUUUAUUCGGACUCCCAACUAGUAACUCAACAAGUAGCUGGCAAUUUUGGGAUCAAUAGCGACAAGUUACAAAUAUAUCAGGAGGCCUAUGAGAAAAUGAAGCAAGAAUUCAAGGAGGUCAAUAUAAGUAAGAUCCCUAGAUCUGAAAACGGUAAGGCUGAUGAGUUAGCCAAAAUGGCCAGCUCCCUGACCACGUGGGUGCUGGAUAGGCCAAUAGCCCAGACAUUCUUAAUAGCCCAGAUAGAUCUGCAAAACAACAUGAACGGGGUUAUGGACUGGUGGGCACCUAUGAUUAGUUAUCUUCAACAGGGCACCUUGCCCACAGAGCUGGAACAAGGGCAGCUAAUCAAGAAAAAGGUCCAUGCAUACACCAUGGUAGGUGAUCAACUAUACAAGUGA